UUUGAAACCGCCCAAUCACGGUGGCGCGGUGGGGUAGCUUCCUUAAAGAGAGCGCUGGGGCAGAAGGCGGCAAGGAGCAACGGACGGUGGCCUAGGAGCGGCCGACAAGGUAGCUGAGAUGACCGGGUCUAAUGAAUUCAAGUUGAACCAGCCCCCCGAAGAUGGCAUCUCCUCGGUGAAGUUCAGCCCCAACACAUCCCAGUUUCUGCUGGUCUCUUCCUGGGACACUUCGGUCCGGCUCUACGAUGUCCCUGCCAACACCAUGCGCCUCAAAUACCAGCACACUGGCGCUGUCCUCGACUGCGCUUUCUAUGAUCCAACACAUGCUUGGAGUGGGGGAUUGGAUCAUCAGUUGAAAAUGCAUGAUUUGAAUACUGAUCAAGAAAACCUUGUUGGAACCCAUGACGCACCUAUUAGAUGUGUUGAAUAUUGUCCAGAAGUGAAUGUUAUGGUUACUGGAAGUUGGGAUCAGACAGUUAAAUUGUGGGAUCCCAGAACUCCUUGUAAUGCAGGAACCUUUUCUCAGCCAGAAAAGGUUUACACGCUCUCUGUGUCAGGAGACAGAUUAAUUGUGGGGACAGCUGGUCGGAGAGUGUUGGUAUGGGACUUGAGGAAUAUGGGCUAUGUGCAGCAGAGAAGAGAAUCUAGUCUGAAAUACCAGACUCGUUGCAUACGAGCAUUUCCAAAUAAGCAGGGUUAUGUGUUAAGCUCUAUUGAAGGUCGAGUGGCAGUUGAAUAUUUGGAUCCAAGUCCUGAGGUACAGAAGAAGAAAUAUGCAUUCAAAUGUCACAGACUAAAAGAAAAUAAUAUUGAGCAGAUUUAUCCUGUCAAUGCCAUUUCCUUUCACAACAUUCACAAUACAUUUGCUACAGGUGGAUCUGAUGGAUUUGUUAAUAUUUGGGAUCCAUUCAACAAGAAACGAUUGUGCCAGUUCCAUCGGUAUCCCACUAGCAUAGCAUCACUUGCCUUCAGUAAUGAUGGGACCACACUUGCCAUAGCAUCAUCAUAUAUGUAUGAAAUGGAUGACACUGAACAUCCUGAAGAUGGUAUCUUCAUUCGCCAAGUGACAGAUGCAGAAACAAAACCCAAGUCUACCUAAUCUAAUCAUCUUGUGGAAGUGUGGCUUCUCUGUGGAAAGUUUUUGUGUACUUCCUACAAAAGAUACUUGUCCUUAAGGGAUAAUUUAUAGUAAAUAUGGAUGAACUCUUUUGUCAUUGCAUUUUUUUCUUUUCUCUUGUCUUAAAAGAAACCUGUAUAUGUACCAUUUAGUGCUUUAAAUUUUUUUUUUUUUUAGAAUCAGGACUCCGUGUUCUUGUGUUGUAACCUGAAAAGAAAUUUCUGUUUGGAAAGUUUUAUUCUUUUCUUCUUUCUCCCUCUCCCUCCCCCAGCAGAAUUGACUAUUUGUAACACAAACUGUGCCAUCUAUUUCCUAUUGAAUAAAUCAGUUUCAGAAACUUUUAAAAUGUUCCAUAUUUUAAAAUUUAGAAAUUAGUGGAAUCUACAUUAAAGGACUAUCAUAAAGCAAAAUAUAUCAUAAAGCAAAAUUGCCCUUUUCAAGAAGAUUCUGGGGCCAUAUUUUACCCCUUUAGAGCCACAAUUUCAUUUGAGUUAUGUUUACUUCUGAUAUACAUUUGGGACUCAGUCCUGGAAAAAAACUGAUCCUCUGAAGCUCUACUACUACUGCUAACAUCCGUGUCUCUUGAAGCUCUAUAUCCUUAUUUUUCAGGUCAGGUUUGCAUUCUGCUUUGUACACAGCAGGGCCCUGAAGCCAACUGUUCACCUUCUCAAACUGGGUUUGGAACUUGUGCAAUUAGUGUGACCUUCUUGUUCACUUCUUUAGUAGCUCCAGUGCAGUACUCAAGUAGUAACAUAAAUCCUUACAUUGAAAUAAACUACAUUUGCCCAUAGAGAUGUAUACCUAACCAUCACAUUUUAAAUUAAAAACCCCAUGGCAUGGCAAAUGUUAUAACACAAUGUUGGGUCUAAUUUAUUAUAUUAAUCUUUUGCUGUCAUUUAAAGUAUUUUUGCAACCGUAUGAAUAAAUAUAAAACUUAUAGGAUCUUAGAGUUGACUUUUUUAAUUAAUGUUUUUUCUAUCUACUCCAUUUUGAAUUUUCUUCUGUUUUUGUUUGUGUCCUACAAUGAUUAGCACGGUGAUGUGUAAGUGUAGGUGCUCAAUAAAUAUUGUUGAAUUAAAGGUGAA